AUGGAUGAAGUUUAUUUGGAAGUGUAUUCUUUGUCAGAAUUAUGUCUAGCUCCGAUAGAAACAAUAGUAACACUGUUUACUGUAAAAUAUUGUAAAUCUAAAAUUAAUAUCAAGCUUGUACUAAACAAACAAAAGCCUCUUGAAAGAGCAUACACUAUAGACAUUUCCACUUUUGUAUAUGAAGUUAUGGAUGCAAAUAAAAUUCCAUAUUCCGCGAGUUCGUGCGAGUUGCCAAUUAUUGUUGUAAAUAAAACAAGCUGCAUUGCUGGCCUUUGUGCAAUUUUACGACAGAUAAUUAAAGAAGUGACGAUGGAUUGUCCGAAACAUUAUUGUCGAAAAUUAUUAGGAUUCAAGGAAUCGUGUCUAACUGCUUGUUCAGAAGCAAGUAUCUGGACGAAAUUUUGCGAGGUCGAUUUGAUUUUAACCGUAAAAUUUUUGCACUCGGAUGAUGCAAUACAAAGUGAACUGCCUUCCAGUAUGGCAAGAUUUGAACGUCAUAUGUCGCAGCCAGCCAGGUUGCACAAUUUGUAUAAAUAUACAAUGUCGAAAAAAUUUUCCGACGAGAGCAUAGUUUCGCGAAAUGGAACGCCAGAACAUUUAUACGCCGAAGGCUCAUAUGUCACACUGGCAGAUAUAAUUAUAUUUGUCUGCACUCAUAUAUUAUUGACUGUAUAUUCGAGUGAGACGACAAUGAAGUUACUUCCUCUGACUGCUAAAUGGUACGAAAGAAUGGUUGAAGAUCAAAUUAUAGUAGACUGUCUCGACUGUUUACCACUGUUGAAGAGCCAAGACAUGACCAAUUACGUACUUCCCGAAGUAGCGAACCAAAGUCUAUAUAAAAGCGAUCCGAAUAGACACAAACCGAGAAGUCGCAUUUAUACGAGGCAAGACGAUGUGCAGCAUUCCUUACAGUUGUUCAAAACUUUGAAUAUAGAAACCGAGCUCGACUUGGAACCGUUCGGUGCGGAAUUGAAUCUUGAUUGGUCAACGGUACCGUACGAUGCCACUCCCGAAGGUGGUUUUUUGCCACCUGCUCGUUUAAAAAAGAAACACGAACAAUUGCAAAAUAUGUUUAAACCAGUCAUGAAGUUGGCAAAAGCGGGAGAUGUAAUUGUAGACUUCUGUUCUGGUAGUGGUCAUUUAGGUAUACUAGUCGCGUACUUUUUGCCAUAUUGUACCGUCAUACUAUUAGAGAAUAAAGAAGAAUCACUGAACAGAGCCAAAGAAAGAGUGAAAAGGUUAAAGUUGACGAACAUUAAAUUUUAUCAGUGUAAUUUAGACUAUUUCAAAGGACACUUCGAUAUUGGUAUGUCGUUGCACGCAUGUGGAGUUGCGACUGACUUAGUAAUACAACAAUGUAUCAAAGAAAAGGCUAUUUUUGUGUGUUGUCCCUGUUGUUAUGGAUCGUUGCACGAUUGUCAUCACCUGACAUACCCACGAAGCAACGUUUACAAACAUGAAAUAGAUCAGGACAAAUAUAUAGUUCUUAGCCAUGCUGCGGAUCAGACGCACGACGAGAAAAAUGUUAAAACAAAGCAAGGAUACGAAUGUAUGGCGAUUGUCGACACCGAUCGAAAGCUACAAGCUGAAGAAUUUGGAUAUAGAGUGUACCUUUCUAAAUUUGUACCAAAAACGUGUACCCCUAAAAAUCAUAUAUUAGUGGGUAUCCUUAGAAAAGAGAUUGUAAGCAUGUAA